GCUGCUCGGCUGCGUGCUCUGUGUCCGGGCUGUAAACACCCGCGGGUGAGCCCACGCUGCGUGUGCGCUCGGGCCGCUGGGUGUCGGGCUGCGUCUCUGUGUGUCAGCGACACACCGAUAGGAACCCUGCUUCGACGUGCGUGUCAUGGCUUAAAAAUAGAGGCUAAUCCGUCAGCCGGUCUCGCAGCGGCAGCGGCAGCGGCAGCGGCAGCGGGCGGGGGCGGCGGCGGCGGCCGCAGGAGAGUCAUGGCCGUGGGGCCGGUUGCGCCUGCCAUCGGCCUCCGCGACUGAGACCCCGCGCCGCGCUCGCACCCAGCAACAGCUACCUGGAGACUGACCCAGCAUCGGCGCAUAGCCACCCCUGCAGCCGCCUCUAAGAUGUGCCCUGGUAACUGGCUCUGGGCCUCCAUGACUUUUAUGGCCCGCUUCUCCCGGAGCGGCUCAAGGUCUCCUGUUCGCACUAGAGGGGCCCUGGAGGAGAUGCCAGAUGUGCAACAUCCCUUCCUCAAUGUCUUUGAGUUGGAGAGGCUGCUCUACACAGGCAAGACCGCCUGUAACCAUGCCGAUGAGGUCUGGCCGGGCCUCUACCUCGGAGACCAGGACAUAGCCAACAACCGCCGGGAGCUCCGUCGCCUGGGCGUCACCCACGUCCUCAAUGCCUCACACAGCAGGUGGCGAGGCACGCCCGAGGCCUACGAGGGGCUGGGCAUUCGCUACCUGGGUGUUGAGGCCCAUGACUCGCCAGCCUUUGACAUGAGCAUCCACUUCCAGACGGCUGCUGACUUCAUCCACCGGGCGCUGAACCAGCCAGGAGGGAAGAUCCUGGUACACUGCGCCGUGGGAGUGAGCCGAUCUGCCACGCUGGUACUGGCCUACCUCAUGCUGUACCACCACCUCACCCUCGUGGAGGCCAUCAAGAAAGUCAAGGACCACCGAGGCAUCAUCCCCAACCGGGGCUUCUUGCGACAGCUCCUGGCCCUGGACCGCAGGCUGCGGCAGGGUCUGGAGGCCUGAGGGGAGGGGAUAGGGGGUCAGGCCAGGUGCAUUUGGCCCUGGCUCCCAGCUGGAGGGAGGAGGCCCAGAUACCCCACCUUCCCCUGUCCUGUGCCUGCGCAGGGAGUCAGGGAUGCUGCAAGCACGAACGUGAUGGUGUAGAUAUGUUGUGUAGAUGGUGGUGUAGAGACAGACGGUAAAGAGAGAGUGUGAAAAGCUGUGAGACCAGAGGGAGACACUCACAGACUUGUUACUCCAAGCGCAGGAAGAGGAGGUGUGGGAGGAUUGGCGCUGUGCCCGCGGGCGCUGGUCGCGGCCAAAAGCUGCAGGGGUGCAUGCCUGGGAGUCUUUAGAUGAUCGCUCGCUUCCUGGCUGCAGGUGUCUUGAGGGAAAAUAAAGAUGGUGGACAAGACAAGAUCCUGGUGAAGUCGUUGACAGCUUGUAGGAGCUCCCCACCUCUCUCCUGGAAAACCCUGGCUUUCUGGGGAUAGCAACAGUUCCUGACUCCCUCACCGUGGUCAUAAACCUCCAGUGAUUCUCGGGGGGGCGGUUCUUUCUCUCAAGUCCAAUUUUACUCUGGCCACAAGCGAGAUCUUGAAGUGUUGUUUCCCGCUAUGUGCACACAGGGGCAGCAGAGGACCAAAAACUUCAGGCUCACAGCCCCUUUGUGCAGCUGCGAGGAAGGCACGUCCACCGCCCGGCUUAAAAUAGGUCUCUGUUCCAAGCUCAGGUGUGGACGAAAUAUCGCUUUAUUUUCAAAAAAAUUUCCAGUUUCAAUAUCAAGUCCCCAUCGUGAUUGGAUAGCAGAAUGUGAAUCUUAAAUCAACCCCAGCCCUAAAUCCUACAUUCAGGGGGGUCUGGGCUUUGCCUGGUACCAAGGAAUUGGAGGAGAGGGAAAGAAGGGUGAUGUAAUUGCUUCCUCUUGUCAUCUUUCCAGGUUUGCCUCAUUAGAAUGUAAUGCAAUCUCCUUAGUAAACUUAGUAAAAAUUUAGACUCACCAGCCA